GUAGUUUACAGAGAAACCCAACGUUAAAGGAAAUGCAUUAAAGCUGAAACAAAAAUAAGAAAGUUAAAACCUUUUGAAACCCUAAUUUCACUUCAAAGUAUGUUCCCGGUUGAUAAAGAAGAACCUUUUGCUUUGCCGAUGUAUAUAUACGGGGACAUAUCACAACACCAAAAUAUCACUUCUACUCUCCUUACUGUUUUCAGCUAACAUCCCCAGAAGAUGAAUAGGCCAGGAGACUGGAACUGCCUAUCGUGUAGCCACCUCAACUUCCAAAGAAGGGAUUCCUGCCAACGAUGCAGAGAGCCCAGACCGGGAAGCAUUACCGACUUAGUCAGCGGCUUUGCAAGCCGCCCGAUCAGCAACGCUUUUGCUUUCAACACCGGGCCUGAUGUGAGACCCGGUGAUUGGUACUGCAACCUUGGAAAUUGCGGGACUCACAAUUUUGCAAGCAGGUCCAGCUGUUUCAAGUGUGGUGCCGCAAAAGAUGAGUCUUCACGCUCGGCUGCCGCUCUAGCCACCGGGUUUAUGGACUUGAGUGAUGGUCCAAGACGUGGCCUUUUUGGAUUUGGUAGCAGUAGUGGUGGUGGCGGAGGCAUGGGCCGCUCUUCUUGGAAAUCUGGAGAUUGGAUUUGCCCCAGGUCAGGCUGCAAUGAACAUAACUUCGCAAGCAGGUCAGAGUGUUUCAGGUGCAACGCCCCAAAGGAACCUGCCACCAAUCCACCCUACUAGACCUAACUUUCUUCAUCAUCUUGAUCAACCUGCACUAGAAGAGAUAAAACUACUGAAGAAUGGAAGCAAGAUAACGACCCUGUUUGUCGUUAUUUGUGUUUUUCUUUCUCGAUUUGACUCGUUUCGUAUUUCGUAGGACCUUUGUCUGGUUAUGUUUAGACUAUAAGCUAAUAAGAAAAAUCGGAAGUUCUUUGUUCUGACUUCUGAUAUCGAUCUCCUACUGUGUACGUUUGUUUUAAUCAAUGCAUCCUUAUUUUUGAUAAACUA